AAUUGUGUCAAAAAUUGGUGCUGUAAAAUUUAUUACCUUUGCCUUUGGCUGGCUGCGCGUCUUCUCUUCGAUUGCAUUUCGGGUGUCCCGGCCAAAUUUUUAUGGCCUCUGGCCUAACAGAGAGGGAGAGAGAGACAGAGAAAGUGGGAAUGAGAGAGAUGAACUCAACUUUUGAUUUUUACGAGCUUGACGCUUUCAAGCGUCGAGUCGACAAAUCCAAAUCUCAAUUGAGCCUCACUCAUGAAUAGGCCAGGGAUUUCCACAAAAGCCAAUUAUGAAAAUGGGAAAAACCCAACGCUCGCAUCUGCCCACAUCUUGACGUUGACAUUUUCAAUUUGUCGGCCAUCAACAGAAGCCGUAUAAUCAAUCAGCUAUAAUGUAUUUCUCUGGCUUGCUUACAGACCGAAAAUGCUGCAACGCCCGCAUUGGCAUUGGGCCACAUAACGCAGUCCCCCCCGUUCAGCAUCAUCAGCGAGGCCGCGUGUUGAGUCGAGUGUGUUUCGAGCAUGGCGGCGCCCACGUCAAUGGAAAUCAGCUGCUGCCUGGUGCUGCUGCUCCUGCUGCUGUUCGUCCACAACGGCCACUGCAUAGACUGCUUCAAGUGCGUUUCGAAUAACGGCGCCAACAAGGCCUGCGACGAUCCAUUUCAUAAUAAUUACUCCACCGCCAUCCUCGAGUCGCCCUGCAUGGGCGGCCGCAAGGGCCGCGACGGCCUCUUCCCGGCCACCGCCUGCAUCAAGAUCGCCGGCUACUAUGAUGACAACGGCGAGACGAUAACGGUGCGCGGCUGCGCCCUGGACAGCGGCACACUCACCACAGACACAGAGAUCAUAAGAAUGUCGCAUUGUGGAAAGUUCUACUAUGACAACAGAUACGUUCACGGCUGCCUUCAGAGCUGCAGUGAUGCGGACGCCUGCAAUGGCAGCCACCCUAAGGACGUGGAAUCCUUGCUGCUUAGCAUUGCGUUGCUGCUUUUGGCAACAGCAAGGUAGCAGUAACAACAACAACAGCUAUAAUAAUCGGAAGGAACAGCAAAUAGAGCUGUAGCUAGCGACCCGUGAAAGAUGAAGGAAGGGAUUAAGCUAAAGCGAACGUGAAAAACGCAUUUAAUAUAAUUCAGCUGCGCGAAAAUAUUUGUACACUACAUCCGCUGCUCUAUCUGUAUCGUCUCUCUCACUCCCCCUCACCAGCUAUAUUGUGUGUCUAGAUCUAUCUCUCCCACUCUUCCACUCUCUCAGUGUCUACAAUUGCACAUAACAGUAAUUGCGCACAAGGAUAACACAGGAUAAACGGCAGAAAGAAAUAAAAAUGAAAUAAAAACAAUGUGAAGCAUAUUUACAUAUAUGGAAUCAUCAAGCAAUUAUGUGAUUUAUAAAUGAAUAUUUAACAACUAAUUAACAAUAACUGAUGGAAAAAAGGAAAAGAACAUUUAAACGAAACGAAUAUUAAACAACCUAAUUUAAACUAUUUACCUAUGAAAUACAAACAAAACGCAAAGCGCUCCUAGGUAAAUAUCGACUCUAAAUCAAAGCUAAUAAAAUUUAAAGAAAACAAAAAGAAAAAUGAGAAUUCAAAUUCAAUUGCAAUUAUUUUUAGCGAAUACUUAGGUACAUAUUUACAUUUUGAAUUACAUCUCACCUGUGUAUUUAUCGUUCGAAUACUGUAAAUAGAUGAACUCAUUCGUUAGGAAUUGCUGAAUUUUAGGCAAACAUUUGUUAACAAUUACGAGUAUAUAAAAAAAUAAUCUUAAAUUACGGCCAUCUAGAUAGAGUUGAACUGCGAAACGAGCUGUAAAUCAAUAUUGAAAAAGCAUGUUAUUUAUUAAGAAUUCCUUUAAUC